AUGGCCUUAACAACCAAAUUUAGUUACUUGACUCCAUACAAAUUCAGUCUACUCUUAAAAGAGUGCAUAAAGGCCAAAGCAAUUGAAUCAUGUAAGCGGAUUCAUGCUUUGAUGCUGACUUCAUCCGUUAACUGGAACAGCUUUUCACUGGGCUCAAAACUCACAGGAGUUUAUGCAAGUUGUGGUGAUUUUGGUUCUGCUAAGUUACUCUUUCAAGAAACCCAAAACCCAAGUGUAUUCGCAUAUAAUUGGAUGAUUUCAGCCUUAACUUUUCAUGGGCACCAUGAAGAAGCCCUUGGUUACUUUACCUUGCUGCAAGAAUCAAAAAAUUUUUGUCCAAAUAGUUAUACGUUUUCUUCUGUGUUGAAAGCUUGUCUUGGCUUGAUGGAUGUGAAUGUAGGGAAGGAAGUUCAUAGUUUGAUCUGUAAAAUGGCCUAUGAUGUGGAUGUUUCAGUGGGCAAUGCCUUAAUAGAUGUGUAUGGCAAAUGUGGACAUAUAUGGGAUGCUCGCAUGACGUUUGAUGAAAUGACUAAGAGAGACGUUGCAUCAUGGACAUCAAUGAUCUGUGGGUACUUUAGUGCGGGAAAAUUUGAAGAAUCAGUUACUUUGUUUGAAAGGAUGAGGCUUGAAGGUGUAGAACCAAAUGAUUUCACGUGGAAUGCGAUGAUUGCGGGGUAUGCUAGGAGAGCAGAUUGUGACAAAGCGUUUAUGUUCUUCACUAGGAUGCGUGAAGAAAGGUUGAUUCCCGAUUUGGUUACUUGGAAUGCAAUGAUUUCGGGCUUUGUUCAGAGCCAAAGAGCUGGUGAAGCUUUUAAGUUGUUUCAGGAUAUGCUGUGUAGUGGUAUCAUGCCUAAUCAAGUGACUUUCACUGGGCUACUUCCUGCUUGUGGGUUAAUUGGUUCAAUCCAUAGAGGGAGAGAGAUUCAUGGUUUCAUAUGUAGAAUGGAGAUGGAUGUUAAUGCCUUUGUUGCUACUGCUCUCAUUGACGUAUACUCAAAAUGUGGGAGUAUGAGAGAUGCUUGGAACGUUUUCAACUCAAUUUCCUGCAAGAACAUUGCUUCAUGGAAUGCCAUGAUUAGAUGUUAUGGGAACAAUGGUAUGGUGGACUUGGCAGUUGAGCUGUUCCUGAGAAUGCAAGAUGAAGGUAUACAAGCGAAUGAAGUUACUUUCACUUCUAUUCUUUCGUCUUGUAGCCAUGGAGGUUUGGUGGACAAAGGUUUGGGGAUUUUUAAAUUGAUGAAAGAACAGUAUGGAAUUGAAGCAAGCCAAGAGCAUUAUUCUUCUGUUGUUGACCUUCUCUGUCGUUCUGGGAGAUUGGAGGAGGCUUAUGACACAGUUAAAGAAAUGCCAAUUGAAGCUUCAGAGUCAAUUGUAGGUGCUUUCCUGAAUGGGUGUAUGGUACAUGAAAGAAAAGAUCUUGCUGAAAGGAUGGUUGAGGAUGUGAUAUUGAAGAAACCUGGAGGUUUUGUAACACUUUCAAAUAUAUAUGCAGCUGAGGGAGACUGGACACAGGUUGAGAAUGUCAGGAUGUUAAUGAAGGAUAAGAGGGUCCUUAAGAUGGCUGGAUCAAGUAGCUUUUAAAGAUAGCAAAUUUGUGGAAUCAGGACUGACAAGACGAUAUUGGAAUUAGAACCUGACAAAGUCUGUGACGAACCUUCAAUGCAAUCCAAGAUAUGCUCUCUCUGGAGAUUGAAUCCUACAGGUUCAGGAUUUGCCACUGUGGAUUUUCUGCUAUUGUUCUAGUGUUCGUGUGCAGACUAUUCAGAGGAGCUUAUAUGGUUGCAAUGCAUCUCACAGAGAUUACGUUUUUGAUGGAUUAACCUGAAGCAAGGUUUCAUACAGUUACACGGAGGGUCUUCAUUUGCAGAUGGUGAAGUUUAUCCAUACUUGCAGAUAAUUUGCUCCUGCUUGAAAUACUUUAAUAUUUGCUAAUCAGAAAUUCAGACCCAUGCACAAAUGAGAAUAGGGACAAACAUGAAGCUGUGAUAGCGUUGUGCCAAAGAGUUGCCAUGAAGCAAGCCUGACAGAAGGCAGUUACAGAACCGUCAAAUCAUCUUAACAUUGCUUUCUCUGGAGAUUGGCUCUAGGGAGUCCAGAUUUUUUUUCCCCCAUUCACGGCAUGCAAUUCUGGAGUGAAAGCUAUGUGAAAUCCCAAUUCUCAUAAUUUCUUAGGGAUUAGUUUCACGAGUGGAUAAAAGAGAAGGUUUAUGCAGUUGCAGAGAGGACGUUGAUUUGCAGAUGAUGAAGUUCAGCUGUAUCUUGAAGACAAUAAAUGAACUGCUUCUGUUUGAAAUAAGUUUAUUAGCUUCCAAAGUACAGAACCAUGCUCAAGGUGGAACUCCUGAUACCAUUAUGGCAAAGAUUUGAUAGAAGUUCAGCCUUAUCUGGCAGAUAAUAAACGAAUUGCUUCUUGUUGGAGUAAGUUUGUUCGUAUAGAAUCAUGCUCAAGGAGGAAUAGAGAUGGAACUCCUGACAAGUGAUACCAUUAGGAAAAAAUCUGCACAAAAUGCAGCACAAAAACAAGCAGACGAGAUCUGAGAUACAAGUAUAUACAAUGGUAUAACUUGUGCAGGUUAGCUUAUAUGCUUUAAGAUUUUAAAGAAAAGAACUAAAUGCUGCUGCUUUACUGGAUCUCACCAGUGAUUUUUGUCCCUACGAAUUUAGAAUUCCAAUUUUAUGUUUCAAAGUUUUCAUUAUUUUUUU